AUGGCCGGCGAUGACGAGCUCCUUUCUACGCUGAAUCUCAUCAAGCACCACCUCCUCGACGACGCCUUCCUCACCCCCGACCCGCUAUCAUCUGCCGCCACCUUCUUCCUCGCUCCUCCUACUGCUCCUCCUCCGGCGGCCGCCGACUCCGGCAUGACGGCCUCCUCCUACUCCUACGGCUCCUCCUCCUACUCCUACGGCUCCUCCUCCUCCACCUCCCGGGGAUCUCUGUCGGUGGCCGACGACAUCGCCGUCGAUGACUUCCUGGAGGAGGAGCCCUUCGCAGAGUCCAGUUCCAAUCCAUCAUUGUCCUCCUCUUCGAGCUCAUCUGGAAGGCCAUCGCUGAUCAUCGCCAGGCCUGCGCUUCCCAAGGUGGAGUGGGCAGCGGCGACGGUGGCGGGAGAGUACUACGAGGAUGCGGCCCCGCCGGUGGGCGGCGGCGAGCUAGGGGACUGCCGGGGCUACCGGGGAGUCCGGCGCCGGCCUUGGGGGAAGUUCGCGGCGGAGAUAAGGGACCCAAAGCGGCGGGGCUCGAGGGUCUGGCUGGGGACCUACGACACGGCGGUGGAGGCCGCCCGCGCCUACGACCGCGCCGCCUUCCAGAUGAGGGGCAGCAAGGCCAUCCUCAACUUCCCCAAUGAGGUGGGCAGCGUCGCCGACUGGAGCCCCCCGCCGCCGCCCCCGGCGGUGGAAGUGUCGGCAAGGCCCCCGAAGAGGGAGAGAUCCCCGGACAGCGAGCUGGAGAUCCUGUGCCAUACAAAGAGGGAGAGGUACCCCGCGGAGACUCCGGCGACCGCCCCAGCGAGCUGGAGCAGCGCCGCCUUGUGGAAUAGCAGCGAGAACCGGGACAUCUUCAACCUGCCGCCGCUGUCUCCCGUAGGCUACCCCCAGCUCAUGGUCAUCUGA